GCCGGAAGUGCGCCUGGGGUGUGCGACGCACAAGUGGCGGCGCCAGUGGGUAGAGCCUGUGGGUAGAACCUGUGGGUGCGUGCGUGAAGCUAGCGACAAGGGUACCUUUCGGCGAAAGCACCCCUACAGCUUUAAAAAGCAGCAGCUGCCAUGACGGCUCAGGCGGGGCUGGUAGCCAACCGAGGGCGACGGUUCAAGUGGGCCAUUGAGCUGAGCGGGCCUGGAGGCGGCAGCAGAGGCCGAAGUGACCGGGGCAGUGGCCAGGGAGACUCACUGUACCCAGUCGGUUAUUUGGACAAACAAGUGCCUGAUACCAGUGUGCAGGAGACAGACCGGAUCCUGGUGGAGAAGCGCUGCUGGGAUAUUGCCUUGGGUCCUCUCAAACAGAUUCCUAUGAACCUCUUCAUCAUGUAUAUGGCAGGCAAUACUAUCUCCAUCUUCCCUACUAUGAUGGUGUGUAUGAUGGCCUGGCGACCCAUUCAGGCACUUAUGGCCAUUUCAGCCACUUUCAAGAUGCUAGAAAGCUCAAGCCAGAAGUUUCUUCAGGGUUUGGUCUAUCUCAUUGGUAACCUAAUGGGUUUGGCAUUGGCUGUUUACAAGUGCCAGUCCAUGGGACUCUUGCCUACACAUGCAUCAGACUGGCUAGCCUUCAUUGAGCCCCCUGAGAGGAUGGAGUUCAGUGGUGGAGGACUGCUUCUGUGAACUGGAGGAAGCAGCACUCAGGGAGGGCCUAAGUAUCUGGGUUUCAUUUACUGCCUCCUUCAGCCCAGUGACUCCUAAGUAAAGAAGCAGUCAUCAUUGAAAAGAACCAAAAAGAUCUCCUUUCUGCAUGGUAAGGAGUCAGAGCCUAGAAGGACAAUGUGCGUUUUGUUACAAACUGAAGAAAUUAUACCACAACCCCUGACUGAAAAUAAUGUAGAAAAGUUUAUUUAUGUUUCCAGUACAGAGCAGAACAACAAAUAAAACCAGAACUGCAUGUAAACAAAAGAAUGGUGGCUGCUAAAUCAAGAAUCAUAGCAGCAUCUCUUUUCAAUAAAUUAAAUGGUUGAGAACAAUGCUUUAAAUCGUUUCAUAAGUUUCCCUUAAAUCUAUUUUCCUUUUGCUUAACACAAAGUAGGACAUAAAAAUUCUGCUGGAGACACUUGGAGAUUGAGAAACUCAUGCUGAUUCAAAUUAUACAUGAUGAAAA